CGAUAUCGAGCCGAUUUCAACUCGCUUUUGAUAUUGCGUGCUUAUACGGAAUCUACUUUAUAGCCCUUGUGCCUGUGCCUGCCUGCCUGCCAUAUUCCAUGUUUUACGCAGCCUUUCGUUUUUCCCCUUCCUUCUUGUUGAUCCCCUUGGAUCCCCUAGGACCCUAGGACCCUAGGAUGCAACUCAUCACUCUAGACUAGACACGCCAUCCUUCGGCAUGCGCAUGCUUAUGAAUAGUGCAAUAAUACUCCGUACAUGAGCAGGAGGAUAUAUAGUACAUACAGACCACAUACUGACCAUAUAAUAGACCACACACAGUAUCCCUCAGUAUAGUACACACUACACUCUCGGAAAGUCUUUCCGAUUGAGCGACGCCUCAUUACUACAUUGGGGGCACUCUUCGUCAUGCGCUUCAACGUGGCCCAACCCCAGCGAAUCCUCAUCUCUUAACAUCUCCCCUCGCAAUAACAGGCCAGUACACGCUCUGAAAGACAACAAAUCCCACCCACAGUCGACACAGCUCUCCCCUCUCAAUUUUCUAAAUUGGGUAUCAUUUAUCACCUGACUUACCCGGACCCGAGAAUGUGGUUGAGACUAGGAUAGAAACGCUGUUCAGCGGCUGGAGGUUUCUCCAAGACCUCGCAUGUCUCGUCCAUUCAGUGCUCUUUACUCGCCAGAAUCGCCAUCUACACCACUUACACCAAGACCAACACACGUAUGCUUCAUGCACAGUAUCCCAGCUUAGCCUAUGACGAGAUAGUAUCUGCACUCUGCAUACUUUCGCAGUUUCGAAAAAUUCCUUUGAGUGGUUCUCCUGCUGUCGGCCGUACUACUACUACUGUGCAUCAGAAAUUCAAACGACCCCUCUUCGCCCCUUCGCAACUACCACAACCACAACCACCCCCUUCUCCACACGAUCUGCUGCAAAACGGACGAACGGUAAACACCAGACACACACGCCUUACACGCCUUCAGGUUUCUUCUGCCCUCUCAUGCACUCGUUCUAUCCUCUCUGCCCUGUGCUGCCACACUCACGAGGGUGAGGGUUGCCACUAGAGUCAGAUUGGCAAAGUUAGCAGCUCGGCAAGUAUGACCUUCGAGGGUCCUGUCGCUCAAUUCUUGGUUACCUGUCUGAGAUGACCUGGUCUCCUGGUAUUGAAAUUGAAUUUUCCCCAGCUUUGGCAAAAUCCAUAAUUUAUUACACGUUAUGGCUCCUCGGGGGCAGAUUGGCAUUCUAGACCUUCCUGACGAGGUUCUCCUAGUAAUCCUUCGUGCCGUCGACACCGAUCCCGGGCCCAUCAAUAUUGACCAUCGCGCGUGGAUGAGUGUCGUGAGCUUUAAAUUCGAGAGUCAGCUGCCGCGCGAGCCCGAGGUGGUAGGCAACUUCCGCUUCACCUGCAGACGCUUCUCCGAGGUUGGAUUGCAGCAUCAGUUUAAGACCCUGGCCACGCGCUUCAACGAGGCAGGCCUCAAUAGACUGAGAAAUAUAGCCCGCUACCCACAUCUCGCCACGGCGGUCAAGAAAUUCACGUACCUGGUGCCCAGGCUGUUCUUCAACGAUCAGGCGCACAUUGAGCGCAUCAGCGAGGCCAUCGCGAAUGGCAAGAGAGUCCCCGACCAGCUCAUCGCGCAGGCGAAGGAGCAGGUCAGCAUCGUCGAGUCAAAGAUCGACCGGGAGACCCUGGACGGCGCCUUCGCCGCUUUCACUUCGCUGCAGCAUGUGUCGCUGCUGAGCCUGCAAAACCAAAUCGACACCCAGUUCAUCGCUUUUAUGCAGAAUAAUGUAUUCGAGGCGGUCCUGCAGCCCAGUCGCACUGCAGCCUACCUCCAUGGCGUGAAAACGCUAGGCAGCGCCCUGCUCUCCUCCCAAUCACCUGCUAGCCGACUGUCGUUCCCCAUGAUAGACGCCCAGACCGCCAUCUCGCUGCGGAGCAUCCCCAGCGCACGGGUGCAGAGCAUAUCGUCUCGCCUCGAGUGCAUAUUGGCGCGAUUUGUGGACCCGGAUGAGUUCCAGGCCAGCUUCGGUCAACUGUCGGGCGUUAUUGAAUCGAUUCUUACUUGUGCUACGAAUCUCGUGACUCUUCAUAUAGGAUUUCCUAGGGGAAGACCAGCAUCGAUUCCACUUGGGGAGGUAUUUCAGAAUGAAAAUCUCACGAGACUGCGUGUUAUCUCGCUCGAGUCAUGGAGACUCGAUGCGGUCGAAAUUAUCGACCUUGUCCGACGACACCGGAACAUGCUAGGCGGAUUGCGACUUCGCGGCGUACUACUGAAACCCGGGAGCCGCUGGCGCGAUGUCCUCAUAUUCCUGCGGCAGGAAGCAAAACUCACAUGGUUGAGUCUCUCGGAUGCGGAUUACGCAGCCAACUUUGAUUUAAGAGCACCAACCGGAUUUGAUAUUACGGAUAGAGACUCGACGUGGAGCAAUGUCGAAGACGACUUCGACGAGGCAGACAUGGACUACGACCAAACCUCCGGCUCCGACGCAUCCGCCGAAGCCAGCGAGCAGGAAGACCACAACGAGGUCACCACAGACGUCGACAGCACCCUGGACGGCCCAUGCAUAGAACCCACAGACACGGAGCACGAAUACGACCUAGAAAACGGCGUCCACGACUCCUCCGACCUUCCCAGCACAGACGACGCCCACGACAUGUGGGAUAGCAUUAGCCAGCGCAGCGAGCACCAUGCACCCUCAAUCGACAACGAGGCCGACACAAACGGGCACAUCAGCGGCGACGAAAACGACUUCCCUGACCCGCCGCCGCACGUCGCAACGCCCAUCCCGUUAUCCUUGUGUACGUGUCCCACAUUGAAGGAGCUUGAUGAGGAGGAGGGCAUAGAUGGGCCGACGACGCGCGUGACGGCGAAGCAGAGAGCGGUGUGGGAGGAGUGGGUGUUGAGGAGGUGUUUGAAGCAUGGGACGUCGGAGAUUGUGGUGGAGAGUGAGAAGGUGAGGGGGUCGAGCGCUUGAGCUGCGAUGUAGUAGUUGAGUGUGCGGCUCUGAGGUUAUUAUACGUUUAAGCUUUUGGUCGGCAUAUAGAUGUGGCCGAGGCGGGUUGGUGGUAGGGGGUUCGUGGGGAGAAUUUUUCUUCAUGAGCGGGUGAAGGGCAAUUUGAUCUCAUAUAGGAGGUCGGUUUUGGGCUUUCACUGCGAGAUGGCGGAUAGGGAGGUUAUUGGGGAAUGAUUCAACAUGGGGAUUUAGAGGGGAGAUGUUGGAUCUAGACAGGCAGGUCGUGACGCUGGCGGCUUACGUCUAUUUAUAUUGCUCCGUGUAAUUAAGGGGAAAAAGUUAUUGGUGUCUUUACAUCUUGCGUGAUCGCUUCUAUGGCUAGCCAGCCAUCCUGAUUAGGUCUUUGAGUAAUCCGGCAGAUACUCUGUAUAGGACUAGUCAUUCAUGGCGUCUCGAUGCAAGUUACAUAUAUAUACC